AGUUUGGAGCAGCUAAACAGCAGCUAACCACUUCCUUUCCCCUGCGCCUCCUCCACAAAUACAUGUAAAAGCUGAUGUUGAAGUUUCAGUCUUUAUCUGAAGGCCAUUAUGUUCAGCCUACACCAAGCAGCUCUGCUCUCCAUUCAAGUAUUAAUUAUGUGCCAUGUCUCUGCAGCUGUCUGCCUCUACAGAAAAAGCUGGACCCAGACCCCAAACCAGGACCAAGAAAGCAGGGCCCUGAGCUAUGCCCAGUUUUCUGUUCAGUUUGGAAGAGAGUCCAUACAGGUGGCUCCACCUGCUCCAUCCCAAAGUUGUGCAGAAUACAAAAUGCAGCCCAGACAGAGGGAGUCGGUUCAUCUAGAGGCUCAAUUCAAUCCUGCCAAGCAUGAAGUUCAGUAUAAAGCUGAAUAGGAAACAAAAGAUGUGUUGAACAGAAGAGAGACGACACAUUGAUUGAUGAUGGCGACUGCCCCCCUUGGUGACCCAUGUUAAAAAAACAACAUUACAGCUGACACUUUUAUCCAA